AGAAAAUAACACCGAUUGAAGACAAACAAGAAGAAGUAGCAAAGCAUUUUAAAAAAGCCCUAAAUAGUGAUUAUCCCGCAGCCGAAAUAUAUAAUAAUUGUUAUAUUACUGAGCUACUUUCACUAGUUCAAAAUUACAAGAAUAUAGAAAAAAGUAGAGUAAAGUUAUCCCCACAGGCUAAUCCUGACGAUUAUCUCAAACCUUAUGACAUUGUAAAAUUAGACAGAAAAGGUGGAGUUUAUCAGCAUGUGGCUAUUUAUUUAGGUAAUAAAAAAGUAGCACAUAUUCCUGAUCCUAAAAGUUCAGUUAAAAUAGACAAGCCAGAACUAAUUAAAAAGCAUAUUGACAUAGCAGUUAAGGCAGGAUAUGGAAAAGAUGAGUGCAAUGUAUUAGAAAAUAAUUGCGAACACUUUGCAACUAUGUGUGUCUAUGGCUUGGGUAUUUGUCACCAAAAAAAUCUUAAUACACUUAAUAAAAUAACAAAAGGCUCGGAAUAUCUGUUACAAGCCAUCCAAGAAAGUAAUCAGUUUUUUGAGGAAUUAGAAAAAGAACAAUUACAACAUUCCACCUAA